CAAGAAACUCUAGUUUUUGUACGUGGAGUGGAAAACAAAAGCAACACAAUACAAUGCCCAGUCUAUGUUGUAAAUCCAAAGGUCAUGACAAUUUCGCGUCAUCAACCGCAACCAACCAGUACGCACCCAACACGGUAAUCGAACCAGUGCAUCUUGACAUUUCUCUCAAGUUUGGCAACUUGAAGGAGGAAACCAUGCACGGAAAGGUCACAUUGACUUUCUGCCACAGUGGCCGUGCUUUGAUUGGAAAGGACGAACGCUCAACAGUGGUGCUCAACGCGGAACAGUUUGAGGAUCUUCAAGUUUUGGGUGAAGGAGUGACCCAUACCUAUGACGGUCAUCAUAUUCAACUUUUCUGGAGCACGCCUUUUGAGCAAAGUAGCCGACGCGAGGUGACAAUCACCUAUAAAGUGGAAGAGCCGAUCGCUGGUCUAUACUUCCAGAAGGCUGACAGUAUGAUCGGAGCGAGUCCUUUGUGGGCUAUCACGGAUCAUGAAACAGAAAAGGCUCGCUACUGGCUGCCUACGGUUGAUUUUCCCGCUGUGAGAACUACGUUAACAUGGGCUAUCACUGCUCCGGAGGAGUACACGUCGUUGGCAAAUGGUUCAUUUGUAUCGCAGGAGACAAAGGAUGGAUUGACAACCACUUGUUGGGAGUUGAAGCAUCUUUGUCCGUCCUAUCUCAUUUGUUUUGCUGUGGGCGAAUUCGUGUCCGUGGAUGAUGGCGAAGUCGACGGACGUCCCAUAAAGUAUUUCGCAGCCAAAGGUUAUGAACCAGCUGACUUGAAGCGGGCAUUCGAUAAGACGCCAGCCAUGAUGCAGUGGUUGCAAAACAAAAUUGGUGUAUCAUUUCCAUGGCCCAAGUAUUAUCAAAUCGCGCUUCCAGCCGUUGGAGGUGCUAUGGAAAACAUUUCUCUGGUAACCUGGUGUGAUACCUUUAUUCAGGACGAAACCAACAGUCUUGAGCGCAAGUAUUUGACAGAUCUCGUCAAUAUUCACGAAAUGGGACAUACGUAUUUCGGUGAUCUUCUUGUCAUCCGCCAUUUCGAGCAUGCAUGGCUAAAGGAAAGCUGGGCUUCUUACAUCGAGUCAUGUUGGUUGGAGGAUAACGUUUCUGUGGAUCAUUUCCGCCACGAGAUGCUUGAGAAUGCUCAUUCUUACUUUUCCGAAUGCCAGCGUUAUAUGCGUCCUAUUGUCACCCGUAAAUAUGACUCUUCAUGGGAUUUGUUCGACAUGCACACUUAUCCUGGUGGCGCAUGGCGCAUUCACAUGCUUCGCAAGCGCUUGGGAGACGAAGCUUUCUGGUGUGGUGUGAACCAAUAUGUCAAGGAAUUUUCUGGAAAGACCGUCCAAACCACUGAUUUCCAGACAUGUCUUGAGCGAGCAUCCGGUCUGAAUUUAACCCGCUUCUUCGAUGAAUGGGUGUAUUCCAAAGGAUAUCCAAAGAUCAAGGCACAGUAUGAGUACAGCAAAACUGAUAACCGCGUCAAGUUUGUCUUGACACAGACCCAAGUUGAUGAAGCAAACAACAUUCCCUUGUUCGCCACUGAUAUCGAAAUUGAAUUUACCGACGACCAAAAUCACGUCUACACUACUCGCGUGACGUUUGACCGCGAUGCCAGUGUCACCACCUUCAUCAAUCUGAAUGACAAAGCGUCUCCCCAGAGUCUCCGCAUUGAUCCCGAUGGCAAAGUCUUGUUCAGCUUGGAAUUGGCCGCUGACCAGGAUAUCCUGAUUAACAUGGCUAAAAAUGCAUCGGAUGUUGUGAGUCGUAUCACCGCUUACACUGAGUUGAUUAAGAAGGGAUCGCGCCCAUUAUUGAAGACUAUUCGAGAAGCUAUUCAAAUUGAACCUUUCUAUGGUGUUCGUGUCGCAGCUGCUAACGAACUUGCAAAGCUUAACAGCACAUUGAGUCUCCAAAUCUUGGCAGAAAUGCUGGAUAAUGAAAAAGAUCCCAUGGCAAUGGCUUCCAUUGCAGAUGCAUGCAAGAUCCGGGAUGAUUUGAUGCGAUCAGCUAUUUUGCGAUUCCUCGAGAGACCAUCGUUGCCUUACCGAGCUCAUGGAGCCGCUUUGAUGGCACUUGGUUAUCAGCGAAAUCCAGAAGAUUUGGAAUAUUUAUUGCGCGUGGCUCAGGAUGAUGGAGCUAUCGGACAACAUGGCAUUGUCAGAAGCGGGGCUUUGAAAGCCCUUGGUUAUCAUCGCAGCCAAGAAGCCUUCAAUUAUUUGAAUAAUCGUGUAGGAUCCGAGAUUGGUCUUGAGCCUAUGCGUGCGCGCCCACAGGGUAUUCGCGCUUUACAGCACUCCGCCGAAUGGCAAGAAGACAGACUGAAAAAACUCGCCGUCGAAUCGAUCGCACAAUCGAUUCGCAGUCCUCAUCCGAUUGUCAGAAUGCAUGCCGUAGGCGCGUUGGCAAGUCUCAAGGCAACGUCAGUUUGCAACGCUAUUGCAAGCACGCGCCACAUGUACCCUCAUGACGAUCAUUCGUGGCUUAAUCGACAACUUAAACGGUUGCAAGACUCGUCCCCUGUUUCAGAAGGGUUGCGCGCCGACAAGGAUAAAAUAGAAAAGCUUGAAGACCGUGUCAAGAAAUUGGAAGAGCAAUUAGCUGAUUGGAUGAAAAAAUAGAGGCACGUGACGCGAUCGCGUGGAUAUGACGCGCCUCGUGUGCUGAAAGCGCCCUUCACUUUUUUUUUCAGACACCUUCCCCUUCCC